AUGUGCCUACGGCGCUUGGCCAACGGCCCUGGAGUUGAUAAUUCCAGAUAUUGGCAAAACUCAUUGAAGCGUGAGUGUGCAGAGGGCGAGGGGAUCAUUAGCAAACAUGAUUCCACCAUGAAGAGUUCUGAUUACAAAUCUGACCUCAAGACUACGUUCUCAGGCGUCUUCACCUUACCAGACACUGUGAGCGGAGUGACAAUACAGAAUUUGGCCACCAAUUUGCAUAGCAAUCAGAAGGCUGAAUCGCAAGAGCCCAAGACUGACCUGAGUGGGGUCUUGUGUACGUUGCACUCCAUGUUGAUCCUCUUCAAGGAUCUAGCAUCACUACAAGAUUUGAUUGGUGGUGAGGAGAUUCUAUGGAGGGCCGCGAGACAGCGGCAGGUAAAAAAUAACCUGGACAUGCUCGACAACAAUGAAGCAGGAUGGGCACCAGCAGUAGAUCUGACUGAUCUGUGCUCUGGAUUGAUGGGUGAAGAUGGAUUGAUGAUCCUCACAGAGGACAUGGGCAACUCCAACUUGAUAGAUUUAGCGUUGUUCAUGGCCUUAGCCGCUGCCGAUGUGAGCGAUGCGCCGCCGAUACUGCAAGGCUAUUUGGGCCGUUUGCGGAAGUCAGCUGCGGGCCUCAAGCCAGCUUCAUGGGAGCACUCCUGGAAGCGCAAGUGCGUGUUCAAGUUUGGACAAGGUCAUGCCUCUUGGCUAGUUUGCUUGGACUCACCUUUCCAAGUCGGCUGCUGGGUUUGCCAUUCAGCUGGCGUCAAAACAGCUUUUGGGAGAUUGGCCGUGACGAAGGUUCAAGCUCUUAAAUCUGUCAACUUGCAGAACCACGAGAAGCAGAAGGUCCAUGUGCAAGCUUUGGAAAAGCUUCAGUCCCCUGGCCAAAGCCAACCUGACCAGGAAGAUCUAGUGGAUGGCCACGUUAGUGGUUUACCUCUGUCAGUGCCAAGACUUGACAAAUGGAUAGCUGCAGUGAAUGCCCUGGUGGACAGAGCUUCUUACAGUGGGGUGCAGGGCCGCGUGGAGGCUGGCAGUGUCGGAAGCGCUUUGCUCGCUGGAGGCGACAGCAGCAGCAAGGUGGUCAGGCAGAUGUAUGCAUGUCUGGGGUCAAGAUUAGCGGCCUUGGACCUGGCUCGCAUCAAAAGAGCGGUUAGUGGAAGCCUUGCAAUCGACAAGGGGCAUGGGCACGUCGUAGUGUAUGGCAGGAUGCUGUGUACUGACGGCAUCUACGACUGGUUUCUGGGGCUUGGGGACCAUGUGCCGGAUAGCGACGAGCCUGACGCCAGCAGAUCAGUCCUCAAAAGCUUGGAAGACGUCUUGAAGAGAGCCUGCACAGUGCAUGUCGAAACAAGGAGAUUGCAGAAUGUCCACAGCAGCGAUGCAGACCACUUGGACAAUGAAGCUUUCAGCAACUUGAGACGCUGCUGUGUUUCGCUGGUGGCUGAUGGUGGCCCGACAGAGCAAAGGGCUUUGUAUGAGGCAUCUCCGCUGGCUUCUGGGUUGGGCGGCGCUUCAGCUGAUGAGUGCCUUUUCCCGAACUGCAUGCUCAUCACCCGGGAUCGAGCGCAUCGUUUUCGCUCUGUGGACAAACAGUUUUGGUCCAGUUUGCCAUCCAUUUUCAAGGACUUCUUGGCAAAGCUGGUGACUGGUCGGGAGGCUUUGGAAUGCUUUGGACCUGGUGCCACAUCGCGGGCUCAGGCUUUCGCAGCGAAGCAAAGGAAGGAUGUUGAGAGUGCUGUGGGCUUCAGUCGCAUUUUGAAGAGCUUUGCCUAUGCCGAGCACAGGUUUGAUUCGCGAAAGCGGCCGCUUUUCCGACUGUUCAGGUUGUUGCCGUUGGUCAUCGACUUGCUCGAGGAGGUCAGUGCCGCCGUGGGUCCCUUCGAUGAGGAAGACCGUGCUUGGGCCGCUGCGUUGCUCCAGGAGUUUGGUGGGGACGAGGGCUAUUGCCGUGUUGUGGGCUCCGCGGUGGCUGCUGAUGCACUAGUCAUGGCAUGGCCUUUGAUCAAAGUUGCCGACCAAGCUUGCGCAGACUUUGCGCUCGAAGCUCCAGCUGCUGCGCAGUGCCUUGCAACGCUGAAGCUGAUGCUUUGCCAUGGGGGGAUCUUUUUACCGGAUGCUUCAGAGACACUGACGCAUUGCGCUUUGCAUGCAGUGAAAGAACGACAAGUGUCGGCUUAUCCUCUUUUCACCUGUUUGGCCUUUGUCGGCUGUAUUUUGCUGUUUGCCAUGGUGUCCAACACCGGACUUCCUUCCGAAAGCAAGUUCAUGGGCCGAGGGAAACCAGAGAAGCUUCGAACUGCGGUGGUUCGGUGGCCAGCCCCUGACACGCCUGAAAGACGGGAGCCAAUGACAAUUGCGAAGAGGUUCUACAACAUUUUUGAGACCUUCUUCAACACAAACUUUCCGGGGUACGAGGAGGCCAAUGCUUUCGGGGCUUUCAAUUUGUCUGCGCAGAUCGCGCUUCCCAACCGAGAGCGCUGGGUCAAAUUUCUGUGUGAGCGAUUUGGCAUUGACGGGUCCGAAGCUUGGAAAAGUUGGCUCGGCAACGGUGAGACCACCGGUGUUUUUGUACGAGCGCAAUGGCAUUUUUCCAUGCAUGGGGUGAAGGAAUUGCACCGGACCAAAUCUGCAUGCCACGCACCAGAGUCUCCUCACCAAGAAGCAUGGCUGGCGACGUGGUUCGAGAUUCGCCGGGUCAGCUCCCAUUCUGCUGUCUGCCGCUUGGUGGAGAUUUACUUGAGUGCAUUGAGUGGAACUGGCACCGUGGAGCGGUUCAUACAUCUCAAAGGCGACCUAGCCCACAGUCGCCCGAAUCUUUCCACCAGGAAUUUGGAAAUCAGCUUGAAGCUUUUGGUGCAAGAUGAUGGGGGUCGCCGCCGGUCCCGUUUGGAUGCAGAAUCUUUGUUGUGCAAGCCAACCUCCGCAAAGACCGCUGGUGGAGCCACAGCUGUGCACCCUGCCAGUCAAGUGCUUUUGAGAGCUCAGAGGCUGUAUGCAGCCUACUUUGGCGAGAAGCCGGGCAAGGCCAGAGACAUGGAAGCCCAUUCCCCUACCUCGCUGUCUCGACAAAGGCUACUUGCACAAAAGCCGAGGCUUACAAUAUGCAAGGACAAGAGUGACAAGUCCGAGAAAGCGACCUUGGAGAAACAUGCUGCUUCUUGCGCAGCAGCGGCUAGCAAAGUCCGGGAAGGUGGCGUGAUGGAGGGUGUGCUCGGUGACAUCCCUUCGUCAGAUGGCGGGGCAUCCGAGUCGGGCAUCUUGAAUUCAAUGGCUCAAGCUGCUUGGCACAUGAGGAAGAAACGGAAGGCCUUCGUUCAAGAAGCUUCUGAAAGAGUCAGUGCGCCAUCUUCUAGCUCAAAGGCAAGGACGGACGCAACAGCAAAGAAACGAGCCUUGGAGGCGUCGACGGGAACUCCACAACCAGUUUCCAAAGUGCCAAGAGUUGCUGGAGAACAAGCUGUUUUGAGCGAGGAAGAUUGGGCUGCAGCUGACAAAGCUGUGGCAAACCAGAAGGCCAUUGCGGAUAAGAAGGCUUCAGUUUUUCGAGCUGCUGCAGCAGGGCAACCUGUGGAUUACGUGGAUGCGAAAGGUGGCCUGAUGCGGCCGAAAGGCGCCCCUCCAGUAGCAGCAGCCAAAAUGCCUUCGUUGCCACCUGAGCCUUACCUGUUCUUGGAAGGGGUCAGGAAGAGCGAAGCGAAACAAUGCACCCACUUGCCUGAAAAAUGGAUCCGCACCAAGGAGAUCAGGGAGGUGCACUUGGUCUUGGUGAAAUCGGUGCCACUCAGCUGGCGAGGGCCAGCGGCUUUGCUGGCGCGAAUGGUGGGCGCCAGGCUUAUGGACCUUGAAGGCAGGAUGACAGCAUUCAGAGGUGUUCUGCGCCAUUGCCACAUGGUACUUUUUGUCACCUCCGGAUUUGAAAGCAAGCAUCCAGAUCACGCCAAAGUUCUCCGUCAACUGGGCCUAUUGAGUCCUUUCAUGACUGUGAAGCAGAAUCAGCAGCGCCGGCGCUUGGAAGUUCAUCGCGGCGAUGUGCUUACCAGGGUGGAGUGGCCCACACUUACACAUGUCUUGGUGGCAGAAGCCGAUGCAAAACCCCUCCGAUGUCAGGAUCUGGAUGGAAAGGAUGUCAAAGUCAAAUGUUUGGAUUUGACAGAAUUUUUGCACUUGUGUUCCAACUGCUAUGAGCCGGCCUAG